AUGAACUCCCUCCGCAUCGCCUCCCGUGCAGCCCUCCGAGCGCGUCCGGCCGCCAUCCGGGCCCCUCUGCAGCGAAGAGGCUACGCCGAGGCCAUCAAGCUCAGCUUGGCCCUUCCCCACCAGUCCCUCUACAAGUCCCAGGAUGUCGUCCAGGUCAACCUCCCCGCCGAGUCUGGAGAGAUGGGUGUCCUCGCCAACCACGUCCCCUCCAUUGAGCAGCUGAAACCCGGCCUGGUCGAGAUCGUCGAGGAGAGCGGCAACAGCAAGCAGUUCUUCCUCAUACAGAACGGUAGCUUACAGACUCGUGUCAUCGCAGUGUCCGGAGGAUUCGCCGUCGUCCAGCCCAACUCGUCCCUGAGCAUCAACGCCGUCGAGGCUUACCCCCUGGAGGACUUCAGCGCCGACGCCGUCCGAGCCCAGCUCGCCGAGGCCCAGAAGGUUGCCAACGGCAGCGGCAGCGAGCAGGACAUUGCUGAGGCCAAGAUUGAGCUGGAGGCAAGUCACGUCCCGGCUAUUUCCAUCGGCGCAAGAUACAAGAUACCAUUCCUUUCAGCUGCUGCCCAAUUUCCGACCGCUAGCAAGACGCUCAAACUCUCUGCGAAGGACACAUUGGGGGCCUCGACGCCCGAUGCUGAACAAAGCCUCUCUCAUUACCCCUGGCUUCAAGACCGGCAAGCAGUACAUGUUGUGCAAAAGCAGGUCCCCUGUGCGCUUCGACGUAGCUCAUCUGCCCUGUCUAGACCGUCGACCAGCGAAAAGCCAUCAAACCCCUCUGGCCUACCCAUCCGCUCCCACGUCAGCCUUGAGCACCUCGCCCCUGUCAAACCUCUCAGAAAUCUUCGUCGUGUGCCUGGGAAUUCCGACCUCUCUGCAUCGCCACUGAUGGCUGGUUCCUCUGCCUGCAGUCCUCCCCCUGGCGGCGGUGGCCACGUCUCCGUGCAGAACUUGUCCAAAAUCUUUGCAGAUCUCGAUGGAGCAAACAGUGUCGACCCGUCUGUGAGGACCUGCCAUGUCUGCCUCGCCACGGUCUCGAGCAUUCGCACCUACUGUACCUCCUGUGGCCACCCUCUUUGCAAGACAUGCACGUGCCCCAUUCCCGAGGGAGCUGAUGAGUCGCACAAGGCUUUUGAGGAUUCCGGUGGCGUUCAUCUCACCAUACGCGAUGGCGAAACCCUGACCAGCUACAACAGGAGCGUGCCUCCUUCUCCUGUCAAGGAGUCUGCAGAUCCUUUGGAGGCGAGUGAUGUUGGGACCAGCCUACGGGACAGGAACACUGUGAAAGAGCAAGAGCUUGGCCAAAGUUCCGCACAUCAAGGAAUAACCACGACGUCCCAGCCCAAGCCAGGAGGCUCUAGGGCAUCAUCUGUGAAAGACAACCCCUUCAUUGUAGCGGAUCGUCUCACAGCAGGUGGACCAUCUACGUCCAGGCCUGUGACCAAGACCCAGGCUACCAGAAAAGGUGCCGCGCCGUCCGAGUGUGUUUCUCGCAGAUCCGACAGCGAGCACCUGGAUGACCAUUGUAGUGACCCAGCCUGUCGAGCAACUCAUCCUGGACACCAGCCGUAUCGUCACAGUGUCAGCUGCAGCGAACUUCGGUCCACAUACAGCGCUGAUGAGACCUCCACAGACAAUCCGCAGCAGACGGAACACUAUGCUUCUCACCAUGAGCAUCAUAGGCAUGAUGCAAGCAAGCCAGCCCAUGUAGAGCACCGAGAUGAUGACUUACGGCAUGAAGAGCGUCACGAUCGUCACGUGAAAGAGCCCGUCGACCAAGGAGACCACCCCACUCACCUAAUGAUGAGCCCUCGCGUCAUGGAUCUCAUCGUCACCGCGAGUACAGAGAAGAAGGCCGAUGAGGAGAUAGGAGAGGAGGAUUUCCGUGAUGUGCGGAGGAGAUUGAGUCCCCACAAAGCAAAAGCUCCAAGCCAGUCUCAUUACAGCCGACUACCCAAGGAGACAAGGGCCAAUACCGCUCACAGAGAUGCAGAGAAAAGGUUGAGAAAAAUCCGUUCCGAAGCGCGAAUUCUCCUUUCGACCAUCUCGGAGCCUGAAGAGGAGUCUAUGGAGACUGCGGCGCGGCGUGGCAGAACCUUCAGAGACUACAAGCCGGCAGGAAUAUCUGUGCCCAGCUCUGUCACUUCUUUGACUCGAGAGAACUCACUGGAGAGACCAAGGCUGUCAGCUAAGGACAAGGGUAAGGGCAGGGUAGAUGCCACCACCCUUGACCAGUCAGAGUCGCAGCGCCCGAGCAAGCCUCAUCAUACUAUAACUGAAAAGGGCCGCGAUCACCAACAUGAGCAGAGAUCGAAGUCGAAAAACCACCAGUCCGCCUCCCGGGAAAAGGAUAAGGCGAAGGAGGCCACCCAGAAACAGUCAGAAGUGCCGCAUUCUACUCGUGCUCCAACUCAGAAGGACUCGCCAAAAUCCCAUCAGCCUACCGCCGAGAGGGGCAGUGAGCACCAGUUUGAUUGGAAGGACAAGUACGAGACGCUGAAGAGAGAAAUCGAGGACGGCCAUCAGGGGCAGGACUUUGGGAUUUCUGAGGCAGGUCAUGACCACCAUUGCGACUGGAAGGAGAAGUACCUCGCGCUCAAGCCAGAGGUCGUGGAUGACCAGGGCCAGCAGGCUGAUCUUGGGCUGGAGGGGCUGACGAUCGUGUUGCACAUGCGAGGCAAGGAUGACUUGGUUAUCAACACGGACUUGAGAGAGCUGGAUCAACAGUGA